UAGUUUAUCAACUAACGGCAAAUAAAGGUUCAAUGUUAAGAGGUCAGGAUCCUGAAAUUCCCAGCUCUUAGGAACCGUUCUGUCAGGUACUACCUAGUACAACCUAGUGCAACCUCUAACUGGUACCACUUACACGUACCCGUCGGGUAGCUACAGACUUUUCCGGGGGUGAGCUUCAACUCAUGCCUACCUAAGGUCUUUCCUUCUUCGUUCUCCGGGUAAUGCGCACAGAACACCAACGCGGUUUCAUUUCAUCACCAAUUCUAAUACAUACAUACAUUUUUUCUGCGUCACUCCAAGAUUCUCCCCUUUUUAUCCUCUAUUAGUUCCUAGCACUUGGAACUUGUCAUUUUAUCAUUGUUAUUAUUGCUGCUGCCGUUGCUGCUUCCAUCAAUAGCUGCAAUACUUGUUCUUAAUACCAAUCAUGCCUUUCCAAAUCUAAUCCUCUUUCUUUUUCUUUUUUUCUCACCUAAGAAUGCUUACUGUCAUUCAUGAAUGAACCAAUCAAUCUGUGAUUAUUGUACGCCAACAAUGCGACACAGCACUAGUACCAGACUCGCGAGCGACGGGAACCAUUCAGACCUCCGAGCUACCGUUGACUUCGGUAGCAGGAUAGAUUACCACAACAGCCUACUCGCUCAGGCCCGACAGCAGCACGAAUCCGCGCGACCUCGAAGGCCGCACGAACCGCACCAAUGUCACUCCAGCCAGAAUCAUUCGCGCGGUUCUCUUCUACAAUGGUUGCCACUAUCUAAUACCCGGAAGACGGGAACGACAGCAAACAAUAGCAAUAAUAAUAACACCAUAAAGAGGUGUAGGACGAAGAACGAAAAGGAUCAAAGCAACGCCGAGGUCGCGCCACUACCGCCACACCCGCAUCUGACACGAAAAGAUAUUGAGGAAUUUGAGGCUCUUCCCGUAGCUAUCCGACGGAAGUACUUCUCCACCCUGGAACGUUUGCGUCUUGCCCAAACUUCUGGCAUCCUCGACACCCCGAGCGACGCCAACAGGGACGCCCGUCGACACCAUAGUAAACUUCGUGGAGCGUCUCUCAGCGCCGCCGCUCCCGGCAAGACGCUGGAUCGUCCAACUACUGCUCCCUCGGGUCGCCAUCACGCAGCCUCGGUCGACUCUGCGUUCCUCGCUAGACUUCCCGCUAAGAUUAGAGAAAAACAUCUUACUAGGGAGGAACAGCUCAUAAUUGCUAAACACUUGAGACAGAGCGUUAUCUUGGAUGCUGCCGAUGAGGCUUUCUUGAAGGCGGGCCGGUUCGCGACCAGACGUCCUUCCCCUCCUCCUCACUAUCCGCCGACUCUAUCUUCGUCACCGCGAGCCAGCAUGGAGUCAAUAUCCAGUGAUAAUGCUUCCGCCGGCGCCCCCGAUGCGCUUUACGAUAGCUUCCGAUGGUUAGACGAAGAUGACGACCUGGAUCUUCGUCUUGCUCUCGACGAUUACCAUGUAAAUUUAAAGGAAUCAGUUUCUGUGCCUCCCCAGGAUCCGAGACCCCCUUCAUUCCGGCGACAUCUAUCCUUCUCCAAGAUCCCGUUUGGUCGUCCGUCGAUCUCUUCGAGUCGGCCUGGGACAAAAGACGCCGCGCCCCCUACCGCUCAUUCAGCAUCGCCGAGCCAGUUUGCUUACCCGCAGCCGGUACGACGAAAAUCCAGAGCCUUAUCUCUUAUUACCCCAAAGCACGGUGCACACGAAUCAAUCUCUUCGAUUGACCCAGGGGCGGCUCACUAUCAAGACCCCGAGGCGCGGCUGAAAUUGCGGGUCUACCUUGCUUCACCGCAAAAAUUUGAUGAAGCAAUCGAAUUUGGCUUCCCCUCAAAUGAUCCUCCGUCAGCAAGCACAGGCAGGGAUUUAUCUAAUGCGCAGGGCUACUCGCGCUUUAUGUUUUCUCCGGAUUCGGAGAAGUUUAAGACGUUCCUCUCGGAUGAUCGGUCUUCUACCUACAGCGAAGAUGCGUCACUCCCGGAUCCUGAAUCACCUAAGACCCCAAACACGCCAGACAAACAUGCAGUAAAACCUCUGCAACGCUCUAGCACCAAUGAUUACCCGUCCAGGCUCCCGGAAGGUUAUGCACAAGUACCUGCCGCUUCUCGUGAGAUGACGCUGCGCAUGACGCUUACCAGGCCUGAUUUGAGGGCAUGCGAGGACCAAAUGUAUGGAUGGCAGAAAAAUUCACGCCAUUCGAGCAAACCAUCCCAGAUUCUAGCACUACGAGAUGACAUGCGUACGCCUUCUUCUUACGCCAGAGACGCUCCUAAAGAGAGCAUGGAUAAGAUCUUUGCAGAAAUCGAUCAGGAGCUUGGUUCCCCGGCCUCAGCAGACAAUAAUGUCAUGAAGCGCCUCUGGAAUCGAGUACGGCGAAAUUAAAUGAUACGGACACGGGCCAGCUAUAGCGAGGUUAGCUCGGCGGAAUAUUCGACUAUAAUCCUUCGCAUUAUCAGCCUGGUCCUUGAAAUGCAUCUUAGCAACAUAGCCUUCUGAUUACGGAGUCUGCUAUUUUCCGUCUCUUCUACUCUGUCCUUAUUAUCUCAGGGGUUCUCAAUACCCUUUAUUAUUUACUUCGAAAUAACGACCCUUGUGCCUUCAGAGAGUGGACGAAACGAAUGACGUCGGAUUGUGAUAAACAUCUCUAAGUUGGCGUUUAUGUAAUUGGAACCAAUCAUCAUUGCCUGGAGUUAUAAGGAGUUGGUAUAUCAGCAACUGGCGAGGUAUCCAAAAUGUUAUUUACUGUUGCAAGGCCAUUGUGUUUGCAGGCCAGCUAUGAGACAUCGAGACAUGUGCUGGGGAAGAGCAGUGGUGAAAAAAAAAAUAUCCCUUAUUAUUAUGUCCUUUUACUUUUGCUACACUACUUUCUUACUAGCCUUAAGAAAUCUUGGUCACCGCAACCAUUAGCCUAAAUGUUGAAUAUAUUAUACUAAAGCCAGGGGACCCUGUAGAUUAUAUUCCCCGAAGUCUUCUGAUUAUCGAAUUUAA